UCCUGCUCCUCAUCAUUCCACACACACAGCUACACAGCCCACCUUCUGUCAAGACAAAAAGGGAACCCCUCCCAGGUUUCAGAAAUGUCCACCUCCAGCAAUGUCUUGUCUGAAAAGCAGUUCCUGUGCUCUAUCUGUCUGGACGUGUUCACUGAGCCAGUCUCUAUUCCAUGUGGUCACAACUUCUGCAAGGCCUGUAUCAGGGAAUACUGGAACAGCACUGUCCUGUGCCAGUGUCCACUGUGUAAAGACACAUUCAACAGAAGACCUGAACCAAAAACCAACACAACACUCAGAGAUGUUGCAGAUCAUUUUAAGAGGAUGAAGGUCACAGACGGAGAGGAGUCCUCUUCCAAGCCUGGAGGAGUAGCACCAAUGCAGCAGAUGAUCCAGGAACGACUGCAGAAGGUUAAGGAGAUCAAAUACUCAGAAGAGCUCAGCCAGAGAGAAGCAGAGAGAGAGAUAGCAGGAAGUGUGGAGGUCUUCACUGCUCUGGUUCGCUCCAUUGAGAGAAGUCAGGGUGAGGUUAUUAAGGAGAAGCAGAAAGCAGCUGAGAGGCAGGCUGAAGGGCUCAUUGAAGAGCUGGAGCAGGAAAUCACUGAGCUGCAGAGGAGAGGCACUGAGCUGGACCACGUCCACCUCCAGAGGUCCACAUCCCUGAUCAAGGACUGGUCUGAGAUCAGUGUUCACAGGGAUCUGCAUGUAGGAACUGUGAGGAGAGCUCUGUCUCGGCUGGAGGAGACACUUCAGAAAGAGAUGGAGAAGUCGUGGGAUCCUGAGCUGAGGAGGUUACAGCAGUGGUCAGUGGAUGUGACUCUGGAUCCGGAUACAGCACACUGCAAGCUCAUUGUGUCGGAGGACAGGAAACAAGUGAGCUAUGGAGACAUACGGCAGAUUCUCCCUGACCUCAAAGAGAGGUUUGAAUGUUAUCUAUCGGUCCUGGGAAAGGAAGGCUUCUCAUCAGGGAGAUUCCACUUUGAGGUUCAGGUUAGGGGAAAAAUUGAGUGGCAGGUAGGAGUGGCCAGAGAGUCCAUCAUUAGGAAGGGCCAAACAGCUGUAAGCCCUGAGGGUGGACUCUGGGCUCUGUAUAUGAAUAGGAAUAAGUAUGUAGCCAAGGCCACACCCCCAAUCCCCCUCUUCCUGAGUCAGAAACCCCAGAAGGUGGGGGUGUUUGUGGAUUACGAGGAGGGUCAGAUCUCCUUUUAUGAUGUAGAAAACAGGUCUCAUAUCUACUCUUUCACUGGUUGUAUCUUCACUGAGAAACUAUAUCCAUACUUGAACCCCUGUGAUAAUGAGGAGGGUUCAAACACAGCCCCAUUGGUCAUCUCUUCUGUCAAUCACACUGACUGAAUUGGGGUCCAAAAAGGCAACAGAUGACUUAAUCUGAUUGAGCAAAUAACAAUUAGGCUAACACAUCCAACUGUAAAGAUUGUUGAUAAUAGUGGGGCACGUUCCAGGGGGUCUGCCAAGCAAUCACAAACCAAAUAUCACAACACCUGGCCAGGUGUUUAACAUGCCAGAAACCACAUCAAUAUUAUAUUAUAAUCUGAAGCAUGACUGCAAUGUAUCUAACGUGGCAUUCAAUGAUUGGUUCACUUGUGCAGCAUAUCUUCUGAGUCCUGUUUAGACCAUGAUGUUUGAUAUGGUUUUGUUGUAUCUGUUAAAAAUCAGAGGAUUAUGAUUAGAAUCUGAUAGUGAGUAGAAUAUUAUGCUUUAGUUUGUCUUUGUUCCCAUUUCUUUUCCCCAUGUUUCAGUAUAGUGUGUUGAGAUAUUGUUUGGAUUAAUUUGGGAGUAUGUACUGAAUUAUCCAAAUCUAGUACAAUGCAUAACAUUUCUUGUGAGUUCUAUGUUUUAGUUGUAUGUGGUCCAUGUAAAAUAAACAUGAUGAAAUAAAUAAAUGCUUUGUUCUUGUUUUUAUGAGUCUAAAAUUGUUUAUAAGGGUGACGCAGUGGAACAGAGGUGUUACUGCAGCAGUGGCUUCUGAAGCCCACAGUAACCUCUAAUUGUGGCCCCACACUGACCUCUAGAUGUGGCCCCUCCCUCCCUCCCCCUCGAGAACCCAGGGUUAAAAUACAUACAGGCCCUGGUGCCAUCUGAGACACAGGAAUGAACAGACACUUU